GAGAGGCGUGGUGCAGAGGGGCCGGGGUGUCCCCGCCGGCGAGCCGUAACUGUCAGGCGUGCAGCAGCCGGCCUGCUCCAGCGCAGAGUCCACCAUCUGGGGGGAAAGAUGGCCUCUCCCGCUUCCUCCUCCUCCAGGCCGCUGGCCCGCUUCUGGGAGUGGGGCAGGACCAUCGUCUGCGUGGGGCGCAAUUACGCGGCGCACGCCCGGGAGAUGCGGACGGCGCUCCCUUCCCGGCCCGUCUUCUUCCUCAAGCCGGCCUCCGCCUACCUCCGCGAGGGCGCGCCCAUCCUCCGGCCCCCCUACUGCCGGGAGCUGCACCACGAGGUCGAGCUGGGGGUGGUGGUGGGGCGGAGGGCGCAGGGGGUCUCCGAGGAGGCGGCCCUGGCGCACGUGGCCGGCUACGCCCUCUGCCUGGACAUGACGGCCCGCGACACCCAGGAGGAGUGCAAGCGGCAGGGCCUCCCCUGGACGCCGGCCAAGGGCUUCCGCACCUCCUGCCCGGUCAGCGACUUCGUCCCCAAGGAGAGGAUCCCGGACCCCCACCGCCUCAAGCUCUGGCUGAAGGUCAACGGGGAGCUGCGGCAGGAAGGGGACACCUCCGACAUGAUCUUCUCCGUCCCCUACAUCAUCAGCUACAUCAGCAGCAUCAUCACGCUGGAGGAAGGGGACCUCGUGCUGACCGGGACCCCCAAGGGGGUUUCUGCCGUGCAGGGGGGCGAUGAGAUCGAAGCCGGCAUCCAGGGGGUGCUGAGCAUGCGGUUUAAGGUGGAAGAGCUGGAGUGAGCCCCCUUUUCUGGGGAGAGGGCUUUCCGACUUCAGAUCAUGGGACACUGGCAGUCCUCUCUGCGGGACUCAAGAGGCGGAAGUCCUCUGUAGCUCACAAGGACAGGGCCUUACCUCUUCCCACCCAGAUGGGGAGACUUUCUUUGGCUCACAAAAGAGGAGAGAAUGGUGGAGAGGCCGCUCACCUGCCCCUGUUUGAAUGAGCAAAGUUGAAAAGUUUCUCUGUGGGAAAUUUCAAACCUCCCUGUGGCCUUUCUUGAAAACACACAGCCAAACAGUGAAGGAAAUAUUUUUUUUUCUGUGGUGUCACAAUGCACCGGGUGCCUUAGACAGAGAGUGUGAAAAUUACAUUAAAAUGAUUCUACUUAUGUAAAAUUUAAGUAGCUAUAAUGAGUAUAUGCUCCAUUUUUUGUUUUCUCAGUUAUGUGUUAGUUUCUCUUUGUCUGUUCUAUUGUCUGUUUAUCUUUCU